AAGCGUCUUGCUAAUCGAGACUUAAUAUAUCCCUUUGCCGAUUGCAUGGGAAAACCGGUAUUGUUUUUGCGAGCUCGAGCUCUUCUUAAGCCAGCGUUUAACACUUUAUCUGCAUAUUAUCGCCACUACACCAACCCAUUCGCAGACAUCAUGUCGUCAACCAAAGACAACAAACUGAUAUGGAAGCUGACGCCCGACAUUAUCAAGAAGUCGGCCGAUGAUCUGAUGACAAAAACCAAAACUGUUUACGACACUGUAGGGGCACUGUCGUCGGAAUCUGUCACAUACAACAGUGUUGUCAAGGCGCUUGCUGACAAUGAUUGUGAAUAUGCUGUGGUGCGAAACAACCUCGAUUUUAUGCAGCAUGUGUCACCUGACAAGGACUUGAGGAACUCUAGCGUAGAAGUGGACAAAAAACUCUCCGAGUUUGAUGUGGAAAUGAGCAUGCGCCAGGAUGUGUUUGAUGCACUUGUUGCCUUUGAAAAAAAAUCUUCAACGGAUGGCUCAACAGAAUCCAAAAGAUAUGUGGAGAGGAUGAUCAAGCUGGGGAGAAGAAAUGGCCUCCAUCUGCCCACUGACAAACAGCAGAAGAUCAAAGAAAUAAAGAAGAGGAUGAGUGAUCUCUCCAUUGACUUCAGUAAAAACCUUAAUGAGGAGAACACCAUUCUUACCUUCACAGAAGAAGAGCUUGCUGGAGUUCCAGAAGAUUUCCUGAAAUCUUUAGAGAAAAAUGAGGAUGGUAAACUAAAGGUCUCAUUGAAGUAUCCUCAUUACUUCCCGUGCAUGAAGAAGGCCAGGAAUCCAGAAACCAGGAAAAAACUGGAGACUGCAUUCAACUCGCGAUGUUUGAAGCCAAAUACAGCUAUUUUAGAAGAAUUGGUUGAACUAAGAAGCCAGAAAGCAGACAUCUUGGGGUUUCCAACCCACGCUGCAUUUGUUCUAGACAUGAGGAUGGCCAAAGACCCUGAGAAGGUGAGGACAUUCCUUGUUGACCUGGCCCAGAAACUCCGCCCCCUACAGGAACAGGAAGUCAAAGUUUACCUGGAGUAUAAGAAGGAGGAGUGUGAUAAAUAUGGAUACGAGUAUGACGGAAAGAUCCACUACUGGGAUCUCCGCUACUAUAUGACUAUGACAGAGGAACGACAGUACGCCGUGGAUUCUAACCUUCUGAAGGAGUACUUCCCUAUGGAAGUGGUGACCACAGGGCUGCUGGAUAUCUACCAGGAGUUGCUGGAUCUCAAGUUUACACAAGUCAAAGAUGUGGAAGUUUGGCAUCCUGAGGUCACGUUGUACAGUGUAGUGGACAGGGAAUCAUCCAAUCUCCUGGGCUAUUUUUAUCUGGACCUGUAUCCCCGAGAAGGAAAGUAUGGACAUGCUGCUUGCUUUGGACUGCAGCCGGGGUGUAUACAGCCAGAUGGGAAGAGACAGAUAUCUGUGGCUGCCAUGGUAGCCAACUUCACCAAACCGACAGAGGAUAAACCAGCCCUGCUAACACACGAUGAGGUGGAGACCUACUUCCAUGAGUUUGGUCAUGUGAUGCAUCAGAUCUGUGCUCAAUCCGAAUUUGCUCUGUUCAGUGGAACCAGUGUGGAGAGAGAUUUUGUGGAGGCCCCGUCCCAGAUGUUGGAGAACUGGUGCUGGGAGAAGGAACCUUUACAGAGGAUGUCCAAACACUACAAAACAGGGGAGGCAAUCCCUGACCACCUGCUGGACAAACUGAUCAAAAGCCGGAUCGCUAAUGCUGGCAUGUUUAACCUGCGACAGAUCCUUCUGGGAAUGUUUGACCAGACCAUCCACACACAGAAAAAGGUGGACACAGCCAAACUGUUCUCAGAGAUCUCACAGGAGUACCUUGGAUUCCCGUCCACAAAGGGCACCAACAUGUCUGCCUCAUUCGGGCACCUGGCGGGAGGGUACGACGCCCAGUACUAUGGGUACAUGUGGAGUGAAGUUUUCUGUAUGGACAUGUUUUACACUCGCUUUAAGAAGGAGGGCAUCAUGAGUCCAAAGGUCGGUGGGGACUACAGGAGAUGUAUAUUGCAGCCCGGGGGAUCAAUAGAUGCUGCGGAUAUGUUACGUAACUUCCUGGGUCGUGACCCUACCCCAGAAGCUUUCCUCAUCAGUAAGGGACUUAACCCGAAUGCAUAAUGUACAAGGACUACCAGAGACUUGACUCCUGAUCAUCUUCCGUAUUGAGGGGAAAACUUGAUAACGACAUUAUCUAUCUGCAGAAACAUAUUUUAUGAACACGAAGGCAAAGGAAUGUGCUAAAACUUCCGUUGCUGUUGAAUUGCGAGAGUGGAUAGAGUGUCAUUCUAUAAUUUUUCGAAAAUUUAUAUCGUUCAAUUCUGCUGAAUACUUGAUUAAACAAAUACAUAGAGACUUUGUUUUAUUGGUAUGUUUUACUAAAGACAAUGAUGUUUUUACAAAAAAUAUGUUAAAAAAAUAUCAGAUAGCUUAUGCUGGAUAAUCUUCAGUGUUUCAAGAUAAAAGCAGCAAAUAAAGUAUCUGAUUUAAUUCAAUAUUUUAAAUCUUUAU